UCUCCUCUAGGCUCCAGGAUCUGAGCCGACACAAGUGUACCACUGCCACAGACCAAAAGGCUGAGAAUGCCUAGUGCGACCAUCGUGCACGCAGCUGCCUUCGCUGUCGGCGCACUCGUCGGUGGCGGUGUUGUGUCGGCGGUCUCGGCGCGCAGGCAGCACCAACUCCCCGCCGUAGCAGUGCCGGGAAAGGCACACGUCCCGUCUCAGCCUGUCGUUGACGUGAAGCCUGGUGGGGUCACUCAGAUCUCUGCUCAGGUUGCUUCGCGUGUGAGCGUACUGCCUCCGGUACUGAACGAGAACCCUGGUCCCGUCUCCGACCAAUUGGCUCGGAUAGCCUACGUCGCCGGAUAUGACCGUCGACUCCGCCACCCCGCAUGGACGGCCGAGCAUCUGACGCUGGCCUCUUUGGGGAAAUCCACUCUUGUAUCGGGCCCUACAAAAGACGAGAGAGGCGAUCGUCAAAACUCCCAAUUCACGGAAGACCAGUCAAUACCGGCGAUGUUCCGUGCGAAGCUCCAGGAUUAUUUUAGGAGCGGAUACGACCGUGGACACAUGGUGCCCGCUGCUGACUGCAAAAUAUCUCAGGCCGCGAUGAAUGAGACGUUCCUCUUGACUAACAUUGCCCCGCAAGUGGGUGUAGGCUUCAACAGGCACUACUGGGCUUACGUCGAGGACUGGUGCCGGCGUCUGACCUCCACGUUCGCGGACGUCUACGUCUUCACCAUCCCCCUCUACCUCCCAAAACUCGAGUCAGACGGCAAGUGGCGGAUUACGCAUGAAGUCAUAGGCUCCCCGCCCAAUGUGUCCGUGCCAACGCACUUCGCAAAGGUAGUCCUGACCUCAAGACCAUCCUCGCCCUCCACGCCAGACGUCCGAGAGAUCUCGACUGGCGCCUUCGUACUCCCCAACGCAGUCAUCCCGGACGAGGCGAAGCUAGAGAGCUUCGUCGUGCCUAUUGAGGCAGUGGAGAAGGCAGCGGGGCUGACGCUCUUUUCGGACGCGAUAAAACAGCAGUCGAAGCAUAUCUGCAAAACGACAAAGUGCGAGGUCAUCGUGAGGAGGUUUGACGACGCGCAGAAGAACUCUCAGACACGGAAAGCAAUCUCUGGGCCGCGCUAGCGUCUCGUGUCUUGUAUGGCAGUGCCGGCUUUCCUCUAGGAAAUACACCUGCGCUCAGUCGCGUUCUCAAUUUGGUGCUGAAGCAGUCGUCUAGCACUGAUAUGCUUGUCGCUGUUUGGCAAUAUGGACCGAUCAUAGUACGAUCGCUCAUCUGUAAACUGUUCAAACAGUGGCGCUGGGAAGCUCGAGUACGUGUUUAGCCCAAGGUCAUGGAGAAUCUACACGUUGACUAGAAUCGAUGUCAAAUUGGCGCUGAAA